AUGGCCGGCGUCCGUCGAUUGGAAGGAGCACCAGCACCAGAUUAUGGGCCUGAUGAGGAGUUCUCUGUAGAAGUUCAUCAUGGGGGAUUUUUCUGUGGGUCUGUUAAGGAUCAGGUUUAUCUGGAUGGCAAGGUGGAUUGGUUUGACAAUUGCAAAGUGCAGCACUGGCGUUUUAGUUCAAUUCAAGAAAUCAGUGUGAUGCUAGGUUAUGGAAUUGAGAAGCUCACUGUUCUCUGGUUGUUGCCUGAGAUGGUUGUGUCUAGUGGUUUGAGAAUUAUAGAUUCAGAUGCAGAAACACUCAUCAUAAAGCAAGUUGCAUACCAUGUUAACAAUUUUGUGCUCUACUUUGAUAUCUACAAGUCAUUCAAGACAUCUGACUGGGAUGACAAUGUGGUCAAUCCAGGGAAGCCAGCAGCUGAAAGGCAUGAUGAUGAUGAUGGGGAUUUUGUGGCUAGUGACGAUGAUGGUAGUGUGGAUGGGGAUUUUGUGGAUAGUGAUUAUGAAGUUGAUCAUGAGGAUGAUGAUUUUUUCUGGGACAAUGUUGAUGAUGGGGUGGUUGAUGAGGGGGCAGGUAUGGGCAUUGUAGUCAGCAAAGGGUACAAGAGAAAUGCCCCAGUUGGCAAAGAGAACAUGGCAGAAAGGCAAUGGGAUGAGAUAUCAACUGAUGAGGAUGAGUUGGAGUUACCUGAUUCUAAUGGAGAGGGUAAGGUUGGGGCUAACAUGUCAUCCUUCAGGCCAGAGGAUAUUGAAAACCCAAUUUUCAAGUUAGGAAUGAAGUUUGAUUCAAUAGAACUGCUUAGAAAGGCAAUUUCAGAAUACAGUAUCAAAGAGAGGGUGGAGAUAAAGAUGCCAUGGAAUGACAAGAAAAGAAUCAAAGCUCAUUGUGAUAAGAAGUGGGAACUGAAGAGGUGCACUGCAAAGUGGCCUGCUAACAAGUACUUGGAUAGGUUUAGGGCUGAUGAGAAGAUGAGCCUGACCAAUUUUGGGAAGACUGUUCAGCUAGAGCUAAACCUGACCAUUUCUAGGAUGAAGCUGUGUAGGGCAAGAAGGAAGGCAUGGGAGAUCAUUUAUGGGGAUGAAGUGAAGCAAUUCAAUGAGCUGAGGAAUUAUGGGCAUGAACUUAGGAGGACAAAUCCUGGCAGUACCUUCUUUCUAACAUGCCUUGAUGGUUUCUUCAGUACACUUUACAUGUCUAUGGAUGCAUGCAAAAGAGGUUUCCUCACUGGUUGCAGGCCUGUUAUCUGUCUAGAUGGCUGCCACAUCAAGACAAAGUUUGGAGGGCAGCUGCUAACUGCAAUAGGUAUAGACCCAAAUGAUUGCAUUUUUCCUUUGGCCAUAGCAGUGGUGGAGGUUGAGUGCCUAACAUCAUGGAAGUGGUUCUUAGAGACACUGAAAGAGGACCUUGGCAUAGAAAACACAACUCCUUGGACCAUCAUGACAGAGAAAACAAAAGGUCUUAUCCCUCUUGUUCAAAUAAGUGUUUCUCGAGUCGAACACGGGUUACAUGUUGAACAUCUCUGUACCAUAACUUCUCAGGCUAAUUCAGAGGAGAGAACUUCAAGAAUCAGCUUUGGAGGUGUGCAAGAGCUAAAUACAGUGGUGAGGUGGAACCAGGAGAUGGACAAAAUGAGAGUUCUCAAAGAAGGAUGCCCAUGCAUGGUUAGAAAAGAUGCCACCAAACACAUGGCUAAGAAAUGUGAAUGUAGAAGAUGGGACUUGAUAGGCAUACCAUGUAGUCAUGCAAUUGCUUGCCUUAAGCAUGAAAGAAUUCUAGAAGACUCAGUGCUCCCACACUGUUACUCCAUUGAAGCUUUCCAGAAUGCAUACAACUUCCAAAUUUUUUCAUGCUCUGACAAGACUAAUUGGCAAAAUGUUGGAGGCACAGAAGUGAAGCCACCUAAAUAUGAGAAGAAACUAGGUAGGCCAUCAAAGGCAAGGAAGAAAGCACCACAUGAACAACAAGGCAGAAAUGGACCAAGGCUAUCUAAACAUGGAGUAACAAUGCACUGCAGUCACUGUGGAAAACCUGACCAUAAUGUAGCAAGAUGUGCAGCAAAGGAAGCAGGAGAACCAGCUGUCCAGAAAAGGAAAAGGUCAGCUGUUCAACAAGCACAUGAGGAAGCAAGGCAUCAAGAAGAAUAUCAGGAGGUCUAUACUGCAGAAGCUGAAACAGAAGCAACCAUGUCCCAAGUAGACAACCCUAUGCUGUCUCAACUACUGGAUGAGGCCUCACAGACUAUGAGACAGCAUCCAGUCAGUCAACCUGUACCAGAUUCAGCCUACAUCGUUUCCAAUGUUCCACCAGCAAGGCAAAUUCAGAUGACAACGGCUACCAAAGCUGGCAGGACAUCAAGGACCAAGAAAGCAGCGAACCAAAAAAAAAGACAGUGA